AUGCCGCUGCGAGGACGCAGCAAUGGGCGCGCGGGCCCCGGGCCGCCCCUUCGGCGCCCCGCGGUGUUGAAGGCCGAGCAGGCGGCGGUGUUUAAGUUCCCGCUGGCGCCACUAGGCUGUUCUGGGCUGGGCUCCGCGCUGCUGGCUGCGGGGCCUGGGCUGCCCGGCACUGCCGCGGUGUUGAAGGCCGAGCAGGCGGCGGUGUUUAAGUUCCCGCUGGCGCCACUAGGCUGUUCUGGGCUGGGCUCCGCGCUGCUGGCUGCGGGGCCUGGGCUGCCCGGCACUGCCGGCACUCCGCACCUGCCGCUGGAGCUGCAGCUCCGUGGGAAGCUGGACACUCCGGGCGCCGGGGAGCCGGGCACCAAAGCCAAGAAAGGGCGUCGGAGCCGCACUGUGUUCACCGAGCUGCAGCUGAUGGGCCUAGAAAAACGCUUCGAGAAACAGAAGUACCUCUCCACACCGGACAGAAUAGAUCUUGCUGAAUCCCUGGGCCUGAGCCAGUUGCAGGUGAAGACAUGGUACCAGAAUCGAAGGAUGAAGUGGAAGAAAAUAGUGCUGCAGGGAGGUGGCCUGGAGUCCCCAACCAAGCCUAAGGGGCGGCCCAAAAAGAACUCCAUCCCUACCAGCGAGCAGCUCACGGAGCAGGAACGCGCCAAGGAGGCAGAGAAGCCGGCGGAGGCUCCGGGUGAGGCUAGCGACAGGGGUCACGAGGACUGAGCGUAGCGGAAGGUGCGGUCUGGGAACCCAGACCGCGAGAAACCGAGAGCCGGCCCAUCGCGUCCGCGUCCACGCUGUUUGCUUCCUAAACGUUUUAUUACCUUGAAUGCGGACAGUUAGGGGCCAAACAAGGAAAGACACAGAACCUGAAGUCAAACCCAGGCCCCAGCGCGCUCCCGGCCUUAGCCUGGAGACUUGCCCUGGAGGCAAGAAGGUCGCAGCCUCCCAGAGCUCCGCGCACUGGGUGCUCCACGCGCAUUCACAUCCCACUCCAUUACUGCACCCCACCCGUCUCGGGUGGCCGGGACGCCGCAGGCACACACCCGCUUUUGCGCGUCAGGGACCCACUAGCCGUGAAGGCCACCGUGGCCAGAGACCGUGUUCGGACUACCUGGUGGCUCGGCCCUGAGGCCAGUUCCCCAACGUCGCUGGGGCCCCUACCCCUCUCUUGCGAAGACGUUGUUUUGUUCGAUUUUGUUUUUUUCCAAUAAAAUAUUUUAUGACACA